AAGCGCGUUAAAUGAUUUUAUGUGCACAUAUUUGGAUAGUAAGCUUCGAUGAAAUUUUCAUUCGGGUUAUUUGAAAUUGGUGAAAGUUUCUGGAGUCUACAGCUCUUUUAGGACGUCGUUGUUUGCGAGGUGGAAAUAUUAAAAAAAAAAAAAUGACGAUUAACGGGACAGUGAAAUCAAUAAGAGACGGUCAGAAUGUCUCACAUCGUUUGUCAGACAAUUGUUCUAUAGGUUAAACCUUUUGCAUCCUAUCUGGAUCAUCUCCGACUGAAUCGCAUCUUUGGAGAAUUCCUUAGGUUUAAAGAAGAUAAGAAGGAAGCGUUGUUGAUAUUGAAACGUUAAAAGUGCUCGAUUAAAGGAGAAACGAGUUAGAGACAUAAAACGUUGAAAGAUCAUAGUGGGAUUAAACAAUGGAUCAAUGGAGUACAGAAGAACGGAAUGAACGUAAACUGUUGUGUUCGUGACGAUUCACAAAGAAACAAAAAGCAAUGGUGACUGGCGCCAGUCUCUGUGACUCUAAACGCGGCCAGUUUGGACAGCAAAGUUCGUGUCUCCGAUAAGGAGCAUCGCGAAAGAACUACCUGAGCCUAGUUCGAAGGAUGGUCCGUUGCGGUAGCGCGCUUAAGAUUAACGAUAGCGGAGUUCGUGCGCGAAUCGUUCCAGUUUUCAUUCCCUCGAGAGCAGCUCUCGAAAAUGUCCACGAUCCUAUUACAGUGCGUUGGAAAUUGCUUCCAGAGAAGGAGAAUGCGCACAGGUAUGCACUGCCUAGGUGCGGUGACAGGAGGCAUUCCCAGCCCAAAUGGGGUUGGCGGUCGGGGUGGCAUUCUUAGCGUGUUCCGAGCCCUUGGAGUCCUGGUGUGCGAAGGGAGGAUUCAGGGCCCUCCACGUGGUUACAAAGAGGGCCCACAUUGUGCAGCGCCUAUGCAGUCGGUGCCUAAUGACCACGUGUGCGAAGAAGAUAAUUACUUGUGCGAUCGAUAUCUUGUACUGGUUCGAGAGAUCGCCGAUCGUAUUGCAAUUGGUUCGUUCCUGUCCAUCGAAGUGGUGUUGUGCAGCAACUGUCCAUGCGGUUUGGCCAAAUCUACGUGCAAGAACCCGAUCUGCACUGUGCCGUCCUUAUCAAUCUCACCAUGGCAACAAGCGUCGGAGAUGCUGCUGGAGUAUUGGUGUGUUUGUGUCGUUCCCAGCAAGAGCCCAGAGACGAUGAACUUCUACGGUUUAUAUCAGGCAGUCCGUUCACGACUUCACUUCAGCCAAGUCGCUGCAUGGUGGUCCAGGAGCAACGGUGUCGAUCCCAGUUACAUCGUGACGAGGGUGGUGCCAUAUAACGAAGAAAAUCUGAGAAAGUUCCGGGAAUCACCCGUGGAGCACACGUUCCCCUUAGCUGGCCAGGGAGAUGGAAAUUCUAUAAAAGUCACCGUGUGGGCACUGCCGAGGAUGGAAGAGGUACCGAUUCUCACCUGUCCUUUGCAUCCGAUCAAAGAGAAAGACGAGGAGGGUGUAGCGAGGGCUUUGACACCUACCAAGGCUAUCCCGGUUCCGAGCGCUGCGCAAAAUCCCGAAGCCCUUGUCUUGCCUGCUCUGGUGGACGACAGACUGCAAACACCUUGCAACAAGCCCGGCAAACAUCAUUGUCCCUGCGACGAGGAGGACGUUCCACCGCCACCGCCAGCGAUUCCACGACAGAACCGCGAGAGGAAGCGUCGUCGAUCUCUUCCGUGUGGUCCAACAGACGCAAAUUCCUGCGUUACGGUUCAACCGAUGCCUCUUCCCUCGGUACAGGAAGCUGUAACGCAAGAAUCGAAGAAAGACAGUCAGAGCUCCAGCUACCCGAAAUGUUCCGCCAAGAUCUCGAUCAAUCGCGAUAUUAAACUUGUGCAAGGGCAGAACUGCAAAUUCGAGGAGAACAGUAUCAGGAAUAGAAAAAACCUAAACUCAGAUAAUCUGGAGCGAUGUUUUAAGACGCAGCUGAGCAUCGACGGGCGAGAUGGGAACACUGAGAAACGGUACAAACGAACGAUCGACGAUCGUGACGCAAAAUCGUUGUCGAAUUCUAAAGAUAAACAAUGCAAUUUAGAGAAGAAGCAGAAAGAACGAGAGAUAAAGUCGGAGAAGAAUGGGAUAUUUGAGAAUCUGAUACCGUUCAAUUCGUCGCUGCCGUGGUCAUUUGUUGAGUCUUGGAAUAAUAGUAACGCAAAUGGCAAGUGCGCUUUUCAGAGCUUACGCGGAAACAAGGAAACUUAUUUCAACGACUCUGAGAGAAUCUACAAAGCGCCAGUCAGUAAGGAUUCGAGUCUCGUGAUCAAUCCCUUUAGGCAACCCAGUCCUUUCCACGAAUCAAAUCCAGGUCCAUCGACGAAUAAUCGUUUAAAGCAGGAUUCCUUAAACUCCACUUGCAUGGUGCAUCAAAGCUGUGUCAAGUCGUCGUGCAAGUUAUCGAAUUCUGGAGCGGUAUCGUCUGGACGAGAAGCUUUGGACACGGACUCGGACAGGGGCGUCAAUAACAAAGGGAGAUCCAGAAAGGAUUUGAGUCAAUUAAUAUCCAAGCUAUCGUUUCCUGAUGAUAAAGACAGAACAAAAGAGGAAGGAGGCUUCUUGGAUUGGUUCACCAAGGUUCCUGGACGAGUUCUCGGAGUCACGCCAAACAUCAGCUACAUAGAGAAUAAGGUGAAAGCUACGAAUUUGAAGAGUCAGGAGCAACACGGAAACGAAAUGAGAUUUAAAAAUUGCAAUCUGGAGUUGAGCCAGCAAGAAUUCGACGAAGUUCUGGCUGUUUUAAGAACUAGAACACCGACUGAACGUAAGAGGACAAGUGUCAGGACGGUAAAGAGACGAGAGAAGCCGGAGAAAGCAGUAGAAGAUGGAACGACUAAGCUGGUAACGAAGUGCGGGAAUGUGGAGAGUAACGAAUGUUCGACAAAUAAUUUGGUGAACCGUGCCAAGUCCUGCGAAAGUUGCAAUCACAAGUUAUGUAGGAAAAACGACCAACAAGCUUUAGAGAAGACCAAUUUCGCUGAGAUCUAUGGCAAUAAGAACAUUUACAAUCCCCAGAAACGCGAGAAGCUGGAUGGCGAUGAAUCGAACGAGAAUCUACAGGCGAUCAAAUGCAAUAAUUCCGAGAAGAGGAAGAACGACACUGUGGACUGUCUGCAGAACGUGUCGAACAAAGCAGAUAUAUUAUUGGGAGCAAUUUUGCGAACCAGCAAAGACCGAGGGAACCAGUCGGAGGUUCCUUGUGGGACCAAAUCGAGGUCCACGUUGGCAAUGACCACCAACGAAAUGGAAAGCAAUCGAAAUAACGUGGCCAACGAGAAGUAUCAGGAACAAAAACUGUCAAUGGAGGAUGAGAAGUCUCUGCCAAUGGCGUUCAACAAGAGAUUUAAUCGGUUCCGGCAGCUUUUCAAGAAGGAGCACGAGAAGAAAUUAACUUCGACAGAGGAUAAUCCGCAGGAUGCGAUUCAACAGAUCGGUCAACGUUCGUUCAUGUACAACAACGUCCAACCAAGCCUACACGAUCCAAAGAACUUCAGGGAUAGCAAAGCAAAGAGAAGGAUAAAUUUCUCGAACAUUACCGAAGAAACGGAGAAGCGUGACGCGAGCCCCGAUCCUUCAGAGCUUAGUACAAAUGGCGCACAUCAAAACUCACGUAUCUAUAGUACAAAUUACAAGAAGGAUAGCUGCGACUACGACGAAGUCGAGACGUCCAAAUGGCAAAAUAGACUGCAUAGUACAAACGACGAAGAUAGCAUAACCGAGCACGAGGAGGAAGAGGAGGAAGAUGAAACUGUAUCGAAGCUUUGCAAAGAUUCUGUUCCGAGUGUCGGGAAGAAGAAUCGAAAUUAUAGUCUUGGUAAAGACAACGCCAUCACGGAGGAGGACGAAACGGUGGAUAAAGCGGUACCGACCGCCAUCGAACAAGAAAGAUUUCGACGAUCCUUGGAAAACGCAGCUUCGAUGGUGUUCCAUAGUAGAACCGGUUUACCAUUGACAUCUAGUCCAGCUCCAUUGAGAAGAGGCAGCUGUUGUUUCGAUUACGAUAGUAGUCUGAAUACCGUCUCCUCAAAAAGAAGUGCUCUGUUCGAGUUGAACACUCCGCCAAGUCCAGGUGCAGUGUCUUUGGAAGAAGCAGACAGAGAGACGGAGAAUCUCGGGGAAGGAGAGGAGACACCAAAAAGACGUUCAACUUCUCGCAGUAGACCGCAGAGUCAUGCUCUUCUAGGCAGCUUCGAGGAAUCAGCUUUAAAUGGUAGACUCGAACCUGUGUCCACCGUUCACGGUUUCACGGCGGAAUUAGGUGCCAGCGGUUCGUUCUGUCCGAAACAUCGAAAGCUUCCAGUCACUGUGUUCUUCUAUACGCUCGGUGACAAUGAUAAAGUUUCUACGCCCUAUCUCGCACAUAUUAAUUUGGGCAAAAAGGGCUACCAAGUACCAAGAAGCGGUACUAUUCAAGUAACACUUCUCAAUCCUUUGGGUACAGUCGUUAAGAUGUUCGUAGUACUAUACGAUCUUUCUGAUAUGCCACCACGAUCUCAUACUUUUUUACGUCAGAGAACACUACGGGAUAAAACACUACGCUACCUCGUACAUCUUAGAUUUAUGUCCGGUAAGUCUGGCCGGAUUUAUCUGCAUACGGACAUUCGUAUGAUCAUUUGUCGCAAGUCCGACGUUGACACGGCGUCGGAUUUUGGAUCAGAGCCACCAAAGGAACUGCGAAGCUACAUCCAUGGUCCUACCAACCCGAAAUUUUCGCCAAGGUGCUGAGCCACGUGGCUCUUUCCAUGGGGUUGCUGUCAGUCACUCCGCUCGCCUAGUCCCCUUCAUGCAGAGGUUUAGCAGAGACCAGUUUUUGUUUUUAGAAUUCCAAACAGAUCUUCUCGAAAUGAUGCCUGAGAAAUCUUUCACAUUACCGAAGAAUGAUCAUGAAAAGGAGCUGAUAGAAAAUCUUGGUGAAUAUGGCCUUUUCAAGAGGAGGAAAGAAGGUUGUAAAAGAAAAGGAGAAAAUGUCCAGAUGGAGAAAGAUUUUUGUAGUAAAUUAAGACCAUCCUUCGCAAAAGGAAGGUAUAUUGGCGGUCCUUAGUAGGGCAUUCAUAUUUUGAGAUUAUUUUCGCGAAGAAUAUGAGAAGGCAACGUAACAGUUUGGAGAAAAAUGUUUGCAGGAAGUUUCAGAAGAAAAGAUUGUUUUUCGUAAAUGUAACGUUCCAGAUUGGUAGGGAGAAAGGAAUGUUAAGGGGCAUAUUGCGAGCCGCUUUAGUAAGAAUUGUUUUGCUUAUUGUUUAGCUACAAUUUAUUUUCUUUCUUCUCAAAUUGCCGGUAAUGCUAUCUUCAACGCGGAAAAACAAGGCGUAUGUUAAUUUCAGCUUACAAUGAUUUCUUUCGGUUUUAGUUUCUUUGCGGAUCCAAAUUUUUAGUUCAAUUGAAUGAAUUAUUGUUUUUCGUUGAAUUGAAUUUAUACACUGUACGCGUUCUCGGAUUUUCGGCGACGAUUGUCGCUUUGAAUUUUUGUCUUUCAUAUUUCUCGCGUUCGAACGCAUUCGUAUAUUUUCAGACGGAAACGAAUAAGGUUUCUAGUUGUCCCGAGUUCGUCGAUUUAAUUAUAAGAUAGACGAUCUCCUUGCUAGGCCAUCUCUCUGGUUUAUUGUUGUAAAUAUAAGUCAUGUGUAAAAGUCGAUUAAGAAUUUUUUAAACGGGAUGAUACUGUCAUAUGUGUGUAGCACUCUACGUUAGUAAAAGAAAGAAGUAAAAAAAGAGAGAAGGAAGAAGAAAUAAGUGAUACGAGCAUAGAAAAUAUCAAGAAUCAGGUCUCUCGUUGACAUUUAAAAGAAUCCUCAAACUAUUGUACAAAUGAUAAACAGAGAACUAUGUGAUCUAGGAAAUCGUUUAAAGUGUAAUUUAAAUAGAUACCAUUUAUCGAUUCGUUGAUAUUUUCAGAAGAAAAUUGAAAGACGGUUGACAUCGUCGUUUAUUUUAUUAAAAAAAAGCAACAAGAGAAAGAAAAAGAAAGGGAAACGGAGAGAGAGUGAGAGGGGGGAGGGAGAAAGGGAGAAAGAAAAAUGUAAGAAGGCACUUUCGUGUGAAACGAUGUAGUUUGCGAAUCAACGAGUGGCUGGAUUACACGACUUUUCCUGCUCGAAGAAAAAGAAUCAUUAUUUACACAUAUAAACAGAACACAAUCUUGUGUCCGUAGCACUGUGAUGAAUAUUUUGAUAGACUAUAAAGAGUAAUUAUAUUAUAAAGUAUCUAUUUGAGUAGUGAAUAUGUCCUAGAUUAAUUAAUAAUCAUACUAAUGUCGUAUGAGGAAUGUAACCGAGCGUAACUACUAACCGAAAAAAAAAAAAAAUUACACAUACAUUUCGCAGUUAUACGGCGCUCAUUAUUGUCUCUGUAUUAAAUGACGGUACGUUUCCCUUAUUUUUCUACGCGCACGAGAAAACAGAAAUCAACAAGAAAACAGGAAGAUAAUUUAGGAAGAAAACUAUUCGCAUUCGCACGAAUACCGCUUGAAUUUCACCUGAAGGAUCACUCACUGACUUUUCUUUCAUCGCGAAACUUCUUUAAUUCGUCGUUUAACUUAUCAGCGCCUUCUGCCACUUCUGUCAGAUGAAAAAUUGUCGAAUUUUUUUAGAUCUACAUACGACCAAAUUUGCUAUUUAAAUAAGAUGUCAAUUCAGGUGAAUUUCCGGGCAUUUGUUGUGCUCGCUCUUAUUAAAAUUAGAAUUCGAUUAACUUGACACGGUGGAGACACGUAGACGUAACAGAUGGAUUUUGUGAUUCGUUCAAAGAAAUUUGUCUUUCAGAACGAGAAAUAUGUUGUGUACUCUUACGUACGCUGACGAGUACGUUUACGUUGAUCCACGUCGAUAAUACUUCGCCUGAAUCAUACGAGAAUAUUACUUAAAAUUCACUGGUCGAUGAGGAAUUAAGCUGUUUUAACGUUGCAAAAGUUUUUGUAGCACGUGUAUUGUACGGCAAGGAAAUAUAGAGUGUAUAAUCACUGCCAUGCUGUAAAUACAUUGUAGCAUAGAUGAAUCGUUGAAUAACAAUUUAAGGGGGUUUUAGCGAUAGUUGUUUGCCUGAUCGAGAGAUCCCAUUUGAAAAGAAGCAGAAAGCAAAAGCGAGGUCCAUUGAAAAAUCUCUAAAAAUCACGGGAAACUCGUCUUGUUCUCUAUUGUUUUUCCACUUUGAAAUCAUCACUUUCACGCCACGAUGAAUUUUUUCCAAAGUAUUGGAUGUCUGUUGCCAACCGAUUGGAAGCGAAUUUUUUUUUUCAAUUGGAUCUCGCUUGUGGGACGAUUAGAAAAACGAAGUGUACACGCUGCGAAUUUUAAUAGCAUAUUUUCCCAGAUCAUUGAAAAGUCGCUUGGUAGCUUUAACAGGGAGAUCUCAACGAUGCGUGUAAUUAAUUUUCAUACGACGGAAAUUGAACGAAAAAUAUGUGCAAUUCAUUAGUGUACCUUUCUUGAAAAAAUUCAUUGAGAUAGAAGGAGAAUACGAAUAUUGUAUUUUUGGAAUUUGCAAUCGAGAGACGAUUAACUUGUACACUAACUUGUAGGACGCGCACUAAGAAUUUUAUUAUUGUGAUAAACUUUUGUCGGAAUAAUGGUUCGUAAUUACUUCGAAGUCGAAACGCAUUCUCUUGUUGCUGGAAAAGGGGGACGAGUUAAGUCGACGGUGCCAAACUUAACAACAAAAGGAAAAUGAGGAAAAGAUAGGCUUUUGAAAGCGCUCAACGACGCAAACGUUUCGAAUCCAACAGCUUCGAUCACUAUUUUAACUUUUAUUUCUCGGCCAUAAAAGAUUUUAUUUUAUUCUUCAUAAUUACUUCCAUUUCGUUUUAUCAAUUUUCUCCAAUGUGUUUUAGUUUUUGUUUUCAUUCGAUUACAUUUUAAAGCGUUUUUUUUAAUGGAAGUUAUUUUUUAUUGCCAGUAUAUAAUUUUAAUUACCAAACGUCGACGUGGCUAGAACCUGAUUUGUAAAUUAUCAUCGAUUGUUCGGUCUCUUGAUAAUUGAAAAAAAAAAAAGAAACAGCAAGGAAAAGAAGACGAGCACCGUUCGAUCAAUGAUAAUUGCGAGCUUUAUUUGUCAAUGAUAAUUGUAGAACGUUUUGUUGAGUCAUUUGUUGAGUCACCUGAACACAUUGAUGGACGCCAGACAUGUACAUAGGGUAGUGUUAUUUUAUAAAUGAAAAUUAUUGUUAUUAUUAAGAUAUACUUUUUAUUAUUUUUAGCGAGCGAAGCGUGAGGUCAGAGAGAAACAUUUGUCGAGAGCGAACUCACAUUUAUGGUACGCAUGGCCAAACGUAAUAAAACUACAGCAAUGCAUUACAACAA